AUGUACUUGAUAUUUACCGUGUUGUGUUCAGGCUGUGUGUUAUUGUGCCUUGGAGAUGACGAUGGUUUCGCUACAACCAGUUACGACUACAAAAAGUCAGCACCACAUCGGUGGCAAUUGAAUAACGAAGAUUCAACGGAAUUGAACAUUAAACGGAAUAAUAUAGCCGACACUACCCAUUUUCCAGACACUCUUGAAAGCCCUGACGAAAGGGGAGAAGAGCCAGAAAGUUCAGAAUUUAAUUCCGACGCCCUUAAAAGUUUUCUGCAGACGUAUGCAAAAAAAUUCAAAAAGCCAACGCAGUCUAACGACAGAUUCUCUGAGGAAACUGAAGAGGAAAUUGCCUCAAGUGAGUUACCAAAAUUAGAAUCCAUUUCAUCAUCUGAAAAGGGAAAUGUUCCUCAAACAGCUGACAAAUCUAAAAGUUGGGAUUUAAUGUCUAUUAGAAAAACUAGCAAUCCAUUUGAUCAUAAAACUGGUUGGGUUUCUUUAGAAGCAGUUCCAUGGUCGGUUUCGAAAGUGUCAAAAUGGGAAGGAAAACCUGAUAUUAAACCGCAUCCAAACGACCAAGAAAUCCCUAAAAUUCCAAUUCAUCACCAGAUGUAUCCUAAGCCUGAUUAUCAGCAGCAAGAAAACGAUAAUUUCGCAAGACCAGAAGCAUUUUAUAAACCCAAACCGAAUUACAAUACGUACAAGCCUCAAUACAACGACUUUCCUCCUGAUCCAAACGAAAACGAAGAACAUUACUACAGACCGCCUACGCGACCCAAUUAUUCACAGCCACCCUUCCAAAAGUAUCCGCAAAACUCUUUCCCUCAACAAUUGGAAACGGAGUCUGAAUAUGAUCAAAGACCUCCAGUUAGGAAAUACACUACUCAGAAGCCUUUUAAAAACAGAUUCGAGAAUUACCAAAACGGCGGUCCUGGUCAUUCCCAUUACGGAGAUCUGAUAACAGACGGAAAACCUCCGAAUUUUCCAUCCUAUAACGAUUAUUACAACAGAAGAUUAACAGCUAGUCUCGACGAUCAUCCGCCGCAGCAUCCCGAAAAUGGAAAUGUUUUACCACCUCUCGAAGACUCCAAUGUCAAUAUGACCACGUCCCACGGUGGAUUACUACAGGUAGAAUCGACCUUUCAAUCAGUCGAAGAAGCACAGAAACAGCAUGCGGAAAAAGAGAAAUUGAAACGAAGGAAGGCUACAACGGCUCUCCCUCCUACCACUAAAAAACCUUGGCGUAUAUGGAGAAAAAAGUUUCAACCGACCGCUACCACUGAUGGCUAUAUACAUUCAAACGAGCAGACCGAAACUGUUCAAAAUUUUCCCAAAACUGUAGCCAUUGCUUCAAAUCCAGCUGGACACGACAGUGCAGCCGUUCUGGCUGCAGUUGGUGCUGGUAUGAUACCCGCGACCAUGGCAAUGCUCGUCCCUAUGGCGAUGGGCGGCAGAAGACGAAGAAGAAGCACAAAAAAAUUAGUUUAUUCCUUUCCUCUUUUUAAUCAUUAG